UGGGUAAGGUAACCUGGCCUGUCCACACCUGGAGCAGCAGGCCAGGCUCUGUGUACAGGCCGGAAGGGCCACAGGGAGGAUGAGGGCAGGUAGAUCUGAGAUUUGGGACUCCUCCCCUCCCCUGAUACAUUUCCAUGGAAACAGGCAAAGGAAAGAAGAGCAGUCUGGCAGAGCUGAAGGGCUCGAUGAGCAGGGCUGCAGGCCGGAAGAUCACCCGCAUCAUCAGCUUCUCCAAAAAGAAGCUACCUGCCAAUGACCAGCAGACGUCCCCCACGGAGGAGGAGUUUCCAUGCUGUGGCCACCUGAACGUGCUGGUGAAUCAGGGCUGGAAGGAACGCUGGUGCCGCCUGAAUGGCAACACUCUGUAUUUCCACAAGGACCGAACAGACCUGCGGACGCAUGUGAAUGCCAUCGCCCUCCAUGGCUGUGAGGUAGUCCCAGGCUUUGGGCCCAGACACCCAUUUGCCUUCAGGAUCCUGCGCAACCAGCAGGAGGUCACCAUCUUGGAGAUAUGCAAGCUCCUGCCAGGACCAACGGCCUGAGCCUCAUGUCUACGACGAUGUUCCUCAUGAAGA